UGGCCUGCGGUUAAAUACGAGGUUGCGGUCGGAGGCAGUGCCUAACACCCACCCGCUGAGUCUGGUCAAACUGACUUCUUGUUGUCUGUCUGCGAUAUAGCGGGACUACAUUGAACAUCUCAAAGUCAUCAUGGCCGAUAGGAGUGGAGAAUUCAUCGCGAUUGAUCGUCUUUCCCUGGACGACAAGUACUAUGACUUGAGCCAAGAUGAUGCAGCGUUCUUGAAAUCGCAUACCGGUAUAGAGAACGACGAGGAGCUCAAGCAGCACGUGAAGAAGAUACAGGUGGAUGCGUACCAGGUGUAUCCAUACCCCUGCAUCCGCUAUUUCUGGUUCGCACAAACGGGUAUUUCCCACCAAUCCGCCUAUGCCCAACUCCUGCAGUUGGGGCGGGAACGGCCAAGUGCCAUAUUCCUCGAGAUCCCCUGCGCAUUUGGGAACGACAUCAGGAAGGCAAUAGCCGACGGCUUCCCGCAGGAGAACUCCCUCGCUGCCGACCUCGAGCGAACAUACUGGGAACUCGGCCACCGUCUCUUCAAGAGCACCCCAGAGUCGUUCCCCGUGCCGUUCGUACCGGGUGAUAUUUUCAAUGAUAGCUAUCUUACUAGCGGUCCACCUCUUUAUACGCCGCCCUCGACCCCGGCCCCUGCACUCUCGGGCCUGACGAGCCUCACGCCGCUGCAAGGGCACGUCUCCGCGAUCCACGUGGCGAUGUUCUUCCACCUCUUCGACGAAGCCAAGCAGCUCGCACUCGCGCAGCGCUUAGCAAGCCUGCUCUCACCGGUCCCGGGCUCGCUCAUUUUUGGCCGACACUUCAGUGCCGACGUCAAGGGCGUGAGGGGCUUGCUGACGACUGGGGACGAUACGCCAGGCGUGAGCCGACUCUUCUGCCAUUCGCGGGAGUCGUGGACGGCGCUGUGGAACGGUGGAGUGUUCAAGGAAGGUACGGUGAAGGUUGAGGUCGAGUUCAAGGAGGCGCCGCUUUAUGCGACCACGCCGGUGGAGUGGAAGUUGUGGUUGAUGGUGUGGUCUGUGACGAGGCUGUAGGUGGAAGAAUGGCAUCACAACGAAAUUGUCCAGCCUGUCUUUCCUCGGUUCACGGCUAUGCCAGAGGGUGACAACAUACGGCGAAGCCUACGCUGCUCUGAAUACAAUAUUGAUUUCACCGCCGUGCAU